AUGUGGCACGAGGCGAGAAGACAAGAGAAAAUGAUACGGGGAAUGAUAGUGGACUAUCGCAGAAGAGCUGAACGUCGUAAAGACUUCUACGAAAAGAUUAAAGCUGAACCAACCCAGUUUUUACAAUUGCAUGGAAGAGUAUGUAAAAUACAUUUAGAUCCGGCUGUAGCAGCUGCUGGAGAGGGUCCAGCUAUAAUGAUGCCAUGGCAAGGCGACACCAACAACAUGAUAGACAGGUUUGAUGUUCGUGCUCAUUUGGAUAUCAUUCCAGAUGUAAAAGCACCUGAUAUUCCACCAGAAGAAUUAUCUCAAGAAGAGAGACAGUGCAAUUAUGAAAGAUACAGAAUUUUGGCUCAAAAUACUUUUCUAGGAAUAAGUGAAGAUAAAUUUCUUCAACAACUAGCUAUUGAAGAGCAAUUUGGAGUUACAGUUGAAGAAAAAGAACAACAUAAAGAGAAAUUAAGUGAAAAGAAAGGAACUGGUGCUUCUAUAGGAUACAAUUAUAAUGAGCCCAAUCAGCCUUCUAGUUCAAAUGUAGUUCCAGAAGUUAAGAAAGCUGAAUCUAAGGAUUCAGAUGACGAUUCAGAUAUGGAAAUCAUUGAUGUAGAUUUAAGCAUUGAUGUCAAUAAAAUGGAAGCUUCUCAGGCACAUGAGUUGAAUGCAGUGGGUCCUCAAUUUGGGAUGGCUGGUUGUGACUUGUUCUCAUUUUUAACGGGAGAUGCUGAUGAUGCUGAACAUCAAAAACAAUUGUUGAGGGAGGAAAAGGAAAAAGCUAUGUUCUCUGGAAGAAAGAGUAGAAGGGAGAGGAGGGCACAUCGUGAUAAGAAACUCGCAACACGUGUAGUAAGCCCGCCGAGCUAUGCAGCGCCAUCUUCCUUUACCCCCGCUAGCCGGACUCCCAGCCAGUCCCCCUCACGAAGCCCAUCACCUGAACACUCUACUAUCGAGUUUAUCACUUCCUUCGGACCAGAUGAAGAAGAAAAGCCAUAUAUGCCGUCUAAACCUCUGUAUGCAGACAAAUUGAAGCAAAAUCUAAAGAAACCAGAAAUGCUAUACUCUGAAGUUGUUCGAAAAUCAAAAUUCAGGUCAAACUCUACCGACAGGAUGCGGCCUUUAAUAGGUCCUCGCGAGCGUAAAUCGAGGUCGAGAUCCCGUUCCUAUUUGCGCUCAAGAUCGAGGUCGAGGUCGAAAUCGAGGUCGCGCUCUAAAUCUUAUAUCUCAUACGGAAGGACGAAGUCGAGGUCGAGGUCGAAAUCGAGGUCCCGUUCACGAAAUUUUAUACGGCGGUCGCGGAGCCCAGUAAAUAACACUAGUGGAUAUACGAACCGUAAUAGAUCCAGGUCCAUAUCAUAUGAAAGUACAGAGAAAACACAAAAUAAGCCCACGACGCGUUACUAUGGACGGCGUAAAGAGAACGAGUCUUCGAGUGAACUCUCCCUCGACUCAGAUUCUAGUGAAUCGCCUGAUGAGGACAAAAAUAAAUCGGCUGUUGGAAAUAAAUCAGAUGCAAACGUGAAUCAGUUACGAUUAACUGGAUCCAGCUCCAAAGGUCUUUCGCGUGAGACGCUCACUAUGAAGGAAAGAUUGAAGAGGAAAAUGCAGGCUCAGUUGUCGAGGCAAUUGCGGGCCGACAAGCGCGCGGAGGCGGAGCGCGUGGAGCGCGAGUGCAGGCGCCAGGCGCGCCGCGACGAGGAGAUGCGCGAGCUCGCCAUCAAGCUGCGCCGCAAGCAACGGGAGAUGAGACAUCAGCAGUCCCGGCGAUCGAGUGACGACGAUUCUGACAAGAGCCACAGUGGAUCAUCUUCCAGAAACUCCCCGGUACCUGAGAGGAAAAGGGAGAAUAGAAGUCGCUCAAAAAGUAAACAACCGGAAGAAAAACGUAUACCCGUAUGGGAGACCAAAGACGUAUCGACGCCUUCCAGGACAAAAUAUUCUGAAAUAGCCAAAAAUUCCAAUUAUACUAAUAAGAGACGUUAUGAAAAUAAUGAUUACGAAAGAAGAAAUGACGAUAACAGAGAACAAAGUUAUUACCAACCCAGGGAAAAGUAUCCUAAUAGAGGUCGAUAUGAUAAUUACGAACAAAAUCGUCAGGAAAAUUAUCAACAUCGACCAGAAAAUGACAGAUUUGGGCCAAACUGGAGAAGACCGUAUCAAAGGGGAGGAUAUAGAAACCAAAAUGUAAGGAAUUCCGAACAAUAUGGUGAUGGCCCCUCAAACCGGUUUUGUGAUGAGGAAGCUUCGAGAAACAAAGUGAAACUCGUAGAUUAC